GAGAAUCAUUCCACUCCAUCUCGUCUUCCUAAGUUCGCUGGUCAUUAGUUUCCUCAUGGAACCCAAUCUCAAAUCUUCUUCUUUUGAUCAUCCCAAUAGCCAUCCACGUACUUCCGGAGUAGAGACCAAGGAGGAUCUCCCUCCAAUGGCGGCACCAACAAUCACAACAAAUCCUCCUGCCACCGAGAAGAGGCCACGGCGGCUGGCGAGGCAGGUGAGCUCCCGAUACAUGCUGACUCCAUCCUCAUCAUCAUCUUCUCCCAUAUCGUCUUCUUCCUCCUAUGGAGAACCCCAUCUUGCCUCCUCUCCAAGAGUGGCGUGCCCCUCUUUCCCCCACCCCCUUCUCCCUCUUCCCAAGAAACACCACCAUCCCCACCCGAAGCAACACCGCCGGACCCCCUCGAUUCCCUCUUCUCCUGAUGCCACCGAUUCCGAACCGGAGUGCUCCACCUGCUUCACAGAUGAGAAUCAGCCCAUGGGUUCGGUUAGACGCAGCUUGGAGACUCCCCUGUUAUCAGGGAUUCAGAGUAAAGAUACUGGGACUCAGAGAAAGCGGGCCGUGGUGAGGUUAUUUGAUGAAAAUGGCGGUGAGCGACAGCAGCCCUUUGAUCACCCGAAACCCAUUGAUGUGAAAAGAAGACCCAGGCCUGGCACUCCGAUGGUAUAUCCUCUGGAUAGGACUAGCUCCGGCACCAGCACUGGUACUCCAAGAUCGACGUAUCUGAGCCAAAACCUUCAGAGAUCCACGAGUGUUGGCGCAUCAGCUGCAAGAAGGGCAACCCCGAGACCUCCCACCCCUGCCCGAGUUGGCCCAUUCCCUUCGGAGAAGGACGGCGGCAAUGGGCGCGACGAAACUUGCUCGGAGAACUACUCUACAGUGGCUGACUUCUCUGAUUCAGAGACUUGCAGUGUCAGCAGUCAGGGUGGGCUCUGUGAAAGCCCUCCGCUUCCAAGCCACAACAAUUGCAGGGGACGGCCGGUUUCAGAACUCCGGUCCUCCAUGCCCGAAGCUGACCUCUUGCCGACCAUGUCGGCAAGACGGGCAGUAGAAGGGAGCUCAGGCCGACAAGAUUGUGGACAGGAUCCUUCUUGUAGAGCAUCAAACCCUCUAUGUUACCGCUCUCUGAAUAUGGCUUUGUCGAGUUGCCCGCAACAUCCGUCCAGUCUGAAUAAGUCCUUAAAUAGAUCCCUUGUUCCAUUGAAGCCUCCACAGCCCCCGACUACCAAAUUCACGAUGGAGUUAAAAAAGGGAAGGAAGGUAUCUGGCCGGCAGGAAGAUGUCCAUAUGCUUCGACUGCUCCACAACCAAUAUCUGCAAUGGAGAUUUGUUAAUGCCAAAGCACAGGCGACGGUACAAGCUCGGAGAAUUGCAGCUGAGAGAUCACUUUUCGGGCUCUCUGUAAAAAUUUCAGAGCUGCAAAGUUCUGUUACAGAGAAGAGGACCGAACUUGAACAACUGAGAAGAAGGGAGAGUUUGCUUUCCAUUCUCAAAGCUCAAAUGCCAUGUUUGGAUGAGUGGACCAAUCUUGAAGGAGACUACUCAAGUUCGCUCUCUGGGGCAACAAAGGCUUUGCAGGAUGCUUCACUCCGACUUCCAAUUAUUGGGAAUGUGAGGGCUGAUGUUAGAGAGCUAAAAGAAGUCCUUGAUUCUGCAAUGCAUAUGCUGGAGUCAGUGUCUCCCUAUGUUGGGUGCUUUCUACCAAAGGCCGAAGGUGUUGAAGAUAUAGCUUCAGAUCUUGCUAGGGUAGUCAAUAGUGAAAGAACUCUGACCGAAGAGUGCGGAAAUCUCUUAUCUGAAGUGCAUAAUUUGCAGGUGAAGGAAUGCAGCUUAAGAAGCCAAUUAAUGCAACUCAAGCAACGCAAUGUAAUGUUAA